GAAAGACAGACAGGCGGCAAUAGAACUCCUAGUGGAUAGAAAUUAAGUUUCCACGGUAAAACUUGAACAAAUUUCACAGACUAGUUCGCAAUGAAGUGGGCUUGCACAAAAACCAGACCUCCCAACCAAACAGUAGCCAACGAGUUGCCAGUGGAGAAGUGGUGAAUCGUGCCUUUCUGGACAGAAAAGAACAACUAGCUGAGAUUCCGAGAUGACUAUCAUCCGAUACUUUCUGGUUGGGUUCGUAGUUAUUGGGGCUGUUGGCCACAUUGUGGAAGCGUUUGAUUUCGAUGGACAUAUUAGUCCGAGUUCGGAGAAUUUUCUCCACAAAUACGCUAUGAUUAAACUCUAUGAAUCCUGCUUUGGACUUGAAACCAUGCAAAAGUUCAAAAUGGAGGUAAAGGAAGCCACAGAGUAUUGCCAAUAUUCUCCAGUCGCACAAGACGAUGAGUUCGCCAAACCCGAUUUAGAGUAUCCAACCAUUCAUCGAAACCCCUGGCUGAACCAAUUCGUUCAAGGCGGUCAAAUCAGCCGUGAGCCAUUGGCCACAAACAAGCUCUCCCAUGGGCCCCCCUUGGCCCAUUCCCAGCCUCAAAACGUUCCGUUAGGUCCUCAUCAAUCCCAUUUCCAUUCUCUGGGGUCCUUGUCCAACAUCAAACCACCCUACUACCCCUAUUCCCACUUUUAUUCCCCUGGUCGGCCCAGUCCAACGUACUAUCAAUCCAAGUGGAUGACUCGAAACCGCAGACAGUCACCGCUUUCAUCUAGUCACGCCGACGACAACGGCCAGGAACUGAACCAAUUGAGGAACAAUAUCAUCAGCAAAGUGAGCAACGUAACCUGCAUCCUCACUCGAAUGAACUAUUUGGACGACAAGGGUCUGAUUGCGAAAGAUAGCUUGAAGGCCAAUAUCCAAAAGAUGCCAUUGGACGAAAUUAUGAAGGCUGAACUCGUUCAAAGUGUAGAUACAUGCGCUAAAUUCUCGUCGUGUUUGCCUCUCGAAGAAUUCGAGACCGUUCCCAUCGCCAAAACGGUUGCCCCCGCGGUGCUUUUUGUCAACUGUCUCAAGGGAAAACGGAUUGAGGUCUGCAUCAAAAAGGAUCUUAGAGAUAGACUCCGAGAUCUCAUACAAAGUGAUGUCCAGGAUACCGAGGGAGUUCUUUCUCGGUCUGAUCCUCUCGCGGGUAUUGGUCAAGCAGCUAUUCCCUUACCACAAGAUCAAGAAGAAAUGGACACGUUUGUCUUUGCUCUAUUAUACGAAGAUGAGCCCAAAUCAAUCUAUAGAUGAAAUCCGUUUUCUUUAUGCCUUCACAUCACGAUUAGUUAGUAAUACUGUAUGGCCGAUGAUGAUAAAUAAUUAC